AUGAGUCAAAGCGGUAAGGAAAAAACUAGUUUGGAACAGAAAAUCGCCACCCUGGAGCAAAUGAACACUGCCCUGAAGAAGGACAAGAUCACCCUGGCGCAGAAAAACAUCGCCUUAGAAAAGGAAAAAACUGCUCUGGAGCAGAAAACCACUGCCUUGGAGGAGAAAAUUGUUGCCCUGGAUCAGAGAAACACCAACUUGGAGAAGGAAAGAAGUGUCUUGGAACAAAAAAAUACUGAACUGGAACAGGGAAACACCACCCUGGGUCAGAAGAACACCUCCUUGGAGCAGGAAAAAACUGCUCUAGAUGAAAGAAACGCUGCCCAGAAGAGGAUAAACAACGCUCUGAACCACUUAAGAAUAGUCUUAGAAAGGGAAAAAUUUAUGCUGAAGCGGGAAAUAAUUGCCCUGAAGCAGCAACAUAAUAUUCUAGGAGAGAGAAACACUUUCUUGGAGGAGAGAAACACGUUUUUGGAAAAAGACAGAAUUGACCUGAAGCAGGAAAUCUUCACUUUACAGCAGGUAAACAGCAUCUUGGAAGAGGAAGGCAGCGUUUUUGAGCAGGAAAAAAAUGCUUUUGAGGAGAAAAGCACCUUCUUGGAGGAAAUAAACAAGGCCCUGAAGUUGAGAUGCAACGGUCUGCAGCAAAAAAACGCCGCGUUGGACAACAUAAUCAUUGCCUUGGAGCAGGAAAAGAAUGUCCUGGAGGAGAAGAGCACUUCCUUGGAGCAGAUGUCCACUGAGAUGCAGCUUGAAUUGGAACAGCUGCGCCAUUGCCUGAGGAACAGAAUGAAACAUCUGAACCAGGACUCAACAGAAGAGGAAACCCAAGAAGACAUCCAGCCCGUUUCAGACCAGCCACAGGACCAGGUGCCUGUAUCUCAAAAAGUGCCAUGAGGGCUCCAAGCUUCAUGUUUGAUUAUCGGUGGCAGAAAAGCUUGACAACAGAACUGCGGUGUCAGGGGAAGCUUGACACUAGGGGGCUGAUGGUGGAAGAGCUUAACGCUUGAAAGAUGUUGGCAGGAGAGCUUGAGGCCCGCAGGACUGCGGUGCCACUGGAACUUGAGGCCAUCGAACUCAGGUCUCCUUCGUCACCAGAAGAUUCCUUUGUUGCCAGCUCAGAGUUAUAUUAUGAACUCUAGUUUUGUUUUUAUUUUAGUUAGGCGUCGGAUGAGGAGCUUGGCGCCAGCAGUGCCUUUCGGCCUGCCUCAGGGGCUUCGUAGCGAGUCCUGUUGGUCUCCAGGCUGACUUCCAGGACUUCGCGACGAGUCCUGGUGGUCUCCAGGCUGACUUCCAGGACUUUGCAACGAGUCCUGGUGGUCUCCAGGCUGACUUCCAGGGCUUCGUAGCGAGUCCUGGUGGUCUCCAGGCUGACUUCCAGG